AUGAUGAGAGUUAGCAUGGCUUGGCAAAAGCUGGUCAUGAGUGAUUUGUUUAAAGGAAUUAGUUGCAAAUUUGGUCACAAUUAUCCUAACUUUUGGGGAUUUUUGCUCAUCAAGGGAUUGCAGCUAUGCAAACAAGAGAAUCUAUAUGGUCUUGGAAAGUAUGUUCCCAAGUGGUAUCUAAAAUCCGACCUUCUCUCAUGA